AACAUGGCUGGGAGAGAGAGGGUCUCGAGGCCUCAGCUGUUGAGGCGAUCCACCCACCCAAAGCAGUCUGGAGCCGCAGCCGAAGAGCAAGCGCGUGCUCGAGGUUUUCCGGCGCCCGCCUGGGUUCCAGCAGCUGCUGCGGCCAUGUUGUGAGGCGGCGGCGUGGGUGUCUGAAGGAUGGUUUGGCCGAAACGGCGGCAACGGCUGCUGGCGGCGGCGGCAGCCGGGGCUCCGGCUCAGUAGAGCCAAGUCCUCUGUGUGUCCGACUGGAACCAAAGCGGGGCCCGUGCCCCUGGACCUUGCUUGUGCUCCGGCGCCGUUGGGGACCGGUUAGGCGACAGCGCCCUCCUCUCUAAGGAUACACGAAGGUGGUUCCCCGGUGCUCAAACUCCUAACCACCUUGCUUUCCUUUUCCGACCUCGGCAGUGCUGUCCCCAGAAUCCUCGGCCCCUCGAUUUUCCUCCCAGCCUCGCCCUAAAUCUCACACUCGGGUGUUACCCGCCCUCUAGUGCCAGCCCCCUACCGCUUCAUUUUCUACACCCUCUACUCAUAGCGCCUCUGGGAUCACCCCAAGGGCGGCCUUUUGAAAAAUCUUUGUGGAGUAGUGGACCAGAACUGGGGAGUUUUUAAAAGUCGGAGCGCAGGAGGCAGGAAGAUACGAUGGCUUCCUCAUCUGGCAACGAUGAUGAUCUGACUAUUCCCAGAGCUGCUAUCAAUAAGAUGAUCAAAGAGACUCUCCCCAAUGUCCGGGUGGCCAACGAUGCCCGGGAGCUGGUAGUGAACUGCUGCACUGAAUUCAUUCAUCUUAUAUCUUCUGAAGCCAAUGAAAUUUGUAACAAAUCGGAAAAAAAGACCAUCUCGCCAGAGCAUGUCAUACAAGCCCUAGAAAGUUUGGGCUUUGGCUCUUAUAUUAGUGAAGUAAAAGAAGUUUUACAAGAAUGCAAGACUGUAGCAUUAAAAAGAAGAAAGGCCAGUUCUCGUUUGGAAAACCUUGGCAUUCCUGAAGAAGAGUUAUUGAGGCAGCAACAGGAAUUAUUUGCAAAAGCCAGACAGCAACAAGCAGAACUGGCCCAGCAGGAAUGGCUUCAAAUGCAGCAAGCUGCCCAACAAGCACAGCUUGCUGCUGCCUCAGCCAGUGCAUCUAACCAGGCAGGAUCUUCUCAGGAUGAAGAAGAUGAUGAUGACAUCUGAAAUUCACCAGCUGAGGUUCUGUUUCCUCUAUAAAUGUUUUUCCCUGCACAAGAAAACAGUGAAAGAAAUACUUAUCUGUAAUUUUGUAUGCAUCUUGGUGGACUUGCCACUGGUAUUCUAGGGAUGUCUGCUGUUAACUUUCAUCUAUUGUGUGCUAUUCAUGUAAAAACUGUCUCUUUGAACUGUUGAAAAUUUAAGGUUCAGUAUAUCAAUUUUGAAUUUUUAAUGGUGUUUAUGAGAUUUUAGAUAGCAGUAAGUCCUUUAUUGAUCAAUAAACAGUGUUACAGAAAACUCCAAGUUUAUAAAAAUAUAGUGAAAUUUAUACAGAAACUCUAAAUCUGCAUUCAUUUCCUCUGCCCUUUUAACUAAACUAAAAAUUGGGAAUUUUAAAUUAUUAGGUUGGGAGGUGCUGUGCAAUGCAGUAGACAUUAGAUCAAAUUGGUGAAAAAAACACAGACUUCAGUUCUGUAAUACCUGAUUUUUUUGUCUUUUAAAAUGAGUAUAUCUACACGCUAUAUAUGUACACACACAUAUAUACACAUCUGUGUGUGUGUAUAUAUAUAUCUACAAGCUGUAUAUGUACACACACAUAUAUACACAUCUGUGUGUGUGUAUAUAUGUGUGAUAUACAAAUAUGUGUGUGUGUAUAUAUACACAUACAUACACACUCAGAUAAAUAUACUUGUUUGAAAGAAUUUCAAAACAAGACAUUCAGAAACUAGGAAGCGGUGUGUUCGAUACUAUUUGUAUACAUCUGGUGGGUUAUAUUUCCGAUUUUGUUUUUGUUUUAUGUAGAGGUAAAAAUUACUGUUUUAUUAUUGCAUAAUUCAUCCUGAGCUAUACUAUCACAUUUCAAAGACUGUCCAGUUUUGAGGACUGGCGUGAUUCUUACUAUUUCACUCCAAUAAUUGUCAUAGUAUUACUUGCUUAGUCUAUCCAUGUUUAUUGGAAUUUGUGAAACAGUUGCCUAGGUUCCAUCAGUUUAACUGAGGUUAAUGAAUAUUCAGGCUUUUGCUGGGGGUAAGAAAUGAAAGUUGAUGAGCACGCUUGCAAUAAAGAGGGAUUUUUUUUUUGUAAUUUAACUUAACAGUUAUAGUUUACUUAUUGUUUGUUUUUAGCAUUACUCUUACAUUUUCUUGACUAGAUGCCCUACAGUGUCCAAUGCUUCCUUUAAAAUGGCAUCAUUGUCUCCAUCAUAGAGCGGUAACUUUAAAAAAUGAUUUGUUUUGUUUUAAAAAGCAUGUAAUAACUUAUCAGCCCUAUAUGAAACAUAAAAAGUAGUUUCAACCUGCUCAUUAAAAGGGAGGAAACUUUAAUUUGGUUCUAAUAAAGUAUGGUAGUGAUUUUUAUAAAAAUCCAGUGUGUUGAAGAAAUGGCAUCUUGUUUGUAUUUUGGAAACAGAAUGGAAAAGCCACUUAAGAUAGUAUGACAUAAUCUGAAUUUCUUUGUCAGUUGCCAAAUCAUUUAAACUUCUAUAUUCACCAGGCCCAAGGAUAGUUUGUGGCUGCCAGGAUUCCAAUUUUAAUUGGAGAGGUAAAUAAGUAAAGUUUACAAGUAUUAGAUUUCUUAAUGAUCAUAUUUUGCAGUUUUAGAAAAAGUGAAAUAUUAUUAUACAUUUAUUAAAUACAGUUUUCCCAUGCCACAAAAAGAUUAAUUUUGCUGAAUGUGUUAAGUUGAAGUUAAUACUGUAUCUAUGAAGUAUUGUGGACAAGAAAGAAGGGAUUUUUUUUUUUUUUUAAGUUUAAGUACCAAAGGUAGUCUAGUCUAAGAAACAGUAAGUUAAUGAGUGUUGGCUUUUCUAAUUUGUACUGUAACAUCCUUAUACUUGCUAUUUUAAGUAUAUCUGUUUCUUAAGUAAACAACGUAGAUAUUUUUCCACACCUUUUUUUUUUGAUGCAGAGUUCAGGUUAAUUAAUAUUUUACUGCAUCUGAUAAUGUAUUAUAUGUUUGAAGCCUAGUGACUUUGCAUUUGGACAUUCUUGUGAUUUCAUAUGCUGUAUUCUUCAAGCAAUAAAAUUCUGAUGUGUUUUAUAAAUUGUUUUUACAUUUAAUGAUCUAUGUAGAUUAAUGGCAGACUUCUGUUACUAACAUUUUUGCUAGUUUCAAGAAUCUUAGACCCAAAUGACAUUUUGAUCAUUUGGUAUGUAGUGCCUGACUUUUUCCUUUGUUUACUGUUAUUUUAGAAAAUGUGGUUUACAUGUAUUUUUAUAAUUUACAGUCCUAGGGUCCAGGUAUAACAAAGCAAUUAAGCAAUGUUUUACUGUUAGCUUGUUUUUUUUAGCAUUUAAAAGUCACUAUUCUGUCGGGAUUUUUUUUUAGUCAUUUAGAGAGAGAAACAGAUCUUUAGCAUUCUUGAGAAAUAAAGUUACUGUUCAGUGAGUGUUUUUCCCACCUCUUUGAAUAUAUAUCUGUCUUUUUUUAGCAGACUCUCAGAUUGCUAAGUGUUGAAAAGGCACCAAUUUUAAAACUGCAUAUACCAUACUUAUAGAAGAAUACACAUAUAAGAGUUUUCACAAAUUCAGCAUACCCAUAUUUCCAGCCCUGAGACCAACACACAGCAUUAUGAGCAUCCCAGAAGCCUUCCUCUUGCCCCUAUCUUAAAUAUUGUCUUCUUCCUCCCCAGAAGUAGCUACUAUUCACACUAAUAAAACAAUAGGUUAGGUUCAUCUAUCAUUUAAUUUAUGUAAAUGGAAUCAUGUAUAAUAUAGUAUUUUUUUGCUCAUUAUAUUUGUGUGUGUACUGGUUCUCUGAUGCCACUGUAGCAGAUUACCACAAACUUAAUGACUUAAAACACUGAUUUAUUUUCUUACAGUCCUGGAAAUCAAAAGCCCAAGUGAGUUUUCAUUAGGCCAAAGUCAACACAUAAGCACAGCUGUUCCUGAAUCUGGAGGUUGUGAGUGGAACAUCUGUUUUCUUGCCUUUUUUCAGCUUCCAGUGACUACGUGUCGUCUUGGCUUGUGGCCCCUUCUUCCAUGUUCAAAGCCUCUGUUUUCCUCAUCACAUCAUCUCUUCUGUAGUCAAGUCUUCUGUCUCUACAUUUAGGGCCCACCUCUGUAAUCCAGGAUAACCUGCCCAUUUCAAGAUCCUUGAUUUAAAUCCCAUCUGCAGUUUUCUUUGCCAUAUAAAGUAGCAUCCACAGGUUCCAGUGAUUAGGUUGUGGGUAUAUUUAGAGGUCAUUAUUCAACUUCCAGAGUGAUAUUCAUUUACAUUGUUGCAUGUAUUUGUAGUUCGUUCAUUUUAAUUGCUGAAUAGUAUUCUAUUAAUUUACCCAUUUUUUAAUAUCCAAAAUUUAUUCAUUCUACCAUUGAUGGGCACUUGAAGAAUUUCUAGUUCUGAGUUAUUAUGAAUAAUGUUGUGAAUAAGAUUCUUAUAUAUGUCUUUUGGUGAGUGUAUAUAUGCAUUUCUGUUGGUAUAUGCCUGGGAGUGGAAUUACUGGGUUAUGGGAUGUGCAUGUAUUCAGUUUUAGUAUGUACUUGUCAGUUUUCCAAAAUGUUUGUAAGAAGGCACCAUUUUAAUGUGUACCAUAAUAAUGAAUUCCUAAUGGUCUCAUGGCCUUAAUGUUAAUGGAUUUCUUAAAAUAGUUAAAUUAUAUCAAAUGCAUUAUACUUGCUACAGCAAGUCUAUUAUUUAAUAUCAUACAAGAGGAAAAUAA